UAGUCGUCUAAAUUUGUACAAUGGCGGCUAUGUCCCCGUCGGAGCGACGUUUGCAAAAAGAACUCAUGUCGUUAAUGAAGGAACCUCCUCCGGGUGUUACCGUGGACGGAGACCAGGCCAGCCAAAAUCUGACAUUGUGGACAGUUCACAUGGAAGGAGUGCCGGGCACGUUGUAUGAGGGUGAAAAAUUCGUACUUCAAUUCAAAUUUACAAAUAAAUAUCCAUUCGAUUCUCCAGAGGUAACAUUCAUUGGUAACAACAUCCCGAUACAUCCUCAUGUGUAUUCAAACGGCCACAUCUGCCUCUCGAUACUAACGGACGACUGGUCACCGGCGCUCUCCGUGCAAUCCGUCUGUCUAUCAAUAGUAUCCAUGCUUAGUAGCUGUAAAGAGAAGAAACGGCCACCGGAUAAUUCUUUUUACGUGAAAACAUGCAACAAAAACCCUAAGAAAACGAAAUGGUGGUACCACGAUGACUCAGUUUAACAGCGCGUCGCGGCUAUAUCGAGCACGGACGAUAAAUCUAAUAAUGUGAUAAGUGUUAUAUCGAUGAUAAAAAUAUGUAUAUACGAGUGAGUGCCGCGGCUUAGACAAUGGUGCGAAAUUGGAUCAGCUGUGUGAUGUUUAUUGUGCUAGUGUGCUGCCCUCUAUCGAUUUAUUAUCUGCGUUUAUUUUAUCUGUGCAAGCUUAUGUCAUAGACAAACGUUUAUUUCAUCGUUUCACGUUAAUCACUUGUAUUGAUACGACCUAAGAAAGAUGGGCAAUUAAGGUAAAUAUAUCUAUCGUUUUUUCCUUCAUGUGCUGUUUCAAUUAUUAAGAGUAGGACAUAUAUAUGUUUAUUGCAAAACAAUUAGUUAUAAAAAAUGUCAUUCGAUAGACUGCGAGAUUUUAUACCAUAGGUUCGAAAAACAAAAUGUUAGCUUUUAAAGACAUAUUUUUUAAGUCAUUCAUACCAUAAUAAAACAAAAAUCUAUAUUCAUUUCAACAUUUGAUAAAGGAUACUAUUACAUAUUUUUCUUAUUUGUAUAUUUUUUCAAUUGGCCAAAAUGUACCCGUCAAGUCUAGGUAGAGCAAACUAAGAUGAUGUUUAAAAAACAAUUGCAGCUCGGAAUGUUUCAUGAAAACGUUUAAUAAGAAAAGAAAACAACCUUAAAGCCGAUACAAAAACUAACGGCUCGGUAAAAAGCGUGUCCCAUUAACACUAUUAAUUAACCAAAGAAUGAUGAGUGUAAUAAAUUAUGAGACAAACAAGUAUUAUUCAUUCGUUCAUACACCAAUCGACUCUCAAUAUCACUUUCACUGCAUUCAAUAUUCUGAGGUAUUGUACAUUAGAGGCCAAUUUAACAUAAACCAUAAACAAUCCUAAAAUAUUCACGCACUGCGACUUUUUAUUAUUUUUUAAUCUGUCACUCGAAACUAAAUUAAUUAAUAAUCUGUAUUGUAAAAGACAAAUAUGUUAUAUAAUAUUGAGAUAAAAUAAAUUGUCUAUAAUUUUGAUGUUAAAUAAAAACUAUUAAAACAUAUUAUGCUAUAUUAUAAUUAUCGAUAUCGCUAAAUAGCGAAACCAAGCCGAGUAGUUAUGAAGUAGUUUGAUGGAAUAACAAAUUAUUGAAGCGUGUGAAUAAAUUAUUAGCCUGCUACUA